AUGGGGUAUUCCAUGGCGGUAGAUAUUAGAUAAGCCGAUAGAACUGAAAACCUGAAAGUUCUGAGAAGCCAAAGCGAGAGAGAGAGACGAACAAAUGGAGAAGUACUUCGGCAAUCCUUACAGAGGCGACCCUGGAGUUCCACACUCCGACCCAGGUAGUUUUGUCAACAUUUGGAUUGGAGCCGCCGCGUUUUCUACUAUUUCAUGGUUUAAUCCCUACAUAUGGCAUAUCUCCAAUCAAUUCAAUUGGCAUGACAAAGCGUUUUUGUUUGAGCAAUAUCACUGGAAAAGGGCUCGUGAAAAGAAUAAGCCUUACCAGUUCACGUGGAAUAAGAUGGACAGGGAACUCCGGGAUUCCUAUUAUUUCAACAUGCCUAUUUUCUUUCCUUAGGUUUUCUGAUUAUGUAAGGAAACUGUUGCGUGACUGCUUAGUUAUUUUCUUCGUUUGGGUGGCAAAGACAGAUUACUAUUACACCAAAACUUGAAGGGUUAUGAAUGUGUAUUUCUUUUGGCUCAUUAUUCAAACGGCAUGUCAUGUGGUCAUUCUAUACUGUAGUAAUGAUUUUGACAUUGGAAAAAUCGCACCAAAUACCUUUUCCUGUUAUAUGAUAAA